UGGGUUAAUUUCUAAAUCAAAGUUACUGUUAUAUAUAAUAGUGAGUUUAUUUACUUUUGUUUGCAAAAUUUCAGCUCAGAAAGAAAUAUUUAACAAUGAUCUGGGAAUGCAGGACAUGGGUAUAACGGACGCGCAGAUAUCGGCAUCAUCUUCGUUAAUUCAAUUUCCACCUGAAGCAGCUAGACCGUUUCAAUCUGGAUGGUGUUCUGACAUAAAUGAUGAAAAUCCCUAUAUAAUGAUUGAUUUCCUCAAAGAUACAACAGUAGAAGGAAUUGUGAUUUGGAACUGGGAAAAACUGACAACAUCUGUGAACAAGAUGUUCUUUAGUAAACGUUAUUUACCGAUGGGUGCAAGAACCUUUAGUUUUUUUCACCGAUCAUCCAAGAACACAACCUGGACAGCAGAAAAAACUAGUGACAUGUUUCAAUUUGAAACAUUUCAUCCGACGGUUGAUCCUCAAAAGAUAAUAUUUGAAGAGCCUCUCUAUACACGCUUUGUAAAAAUUAACAUCAUUCAGCCGUUGACAGAGGGGUUCAAAUGCUUGAAAUUUGAACUUAUUGGUUGUCGACAUAAUGGUAAGAAAUAA